AUGGACACACCACCGGCAGCCAACCUGCGGUCCAAGACCAGACGCGCACUCGACGACCUCAACGGCGCCACGACCUCGCCGCCCUCGUCUCCCCUCAAGACGACGCGAAACAGCCCCUAUCUGCCCACGCCCACCGAGACGAUAGUCCUGGCCUCGUUCCCAGUCAUACUCUUCUUCGGCACCGUCUUUUCCCUCCUCUCUCCCGACGUCCGCGCCUCGCACUAUGACGCUGCGACGCAAGCGCAUUCCCAAGCUACGGCGCCGUCCUACUUUGCCCGCAAAUCGAACCUGUUCAACAUUAUCUUUGUCAAACGCGGCUGGUUCUGGAUCACGGCCGCCUUCUUCGCCUUCGUCCUCACUCACCCCGGUACGAAGAAUGCGACCGUGCGCCUCCAGGCCACCCUCCGUUGGGUGCUUGUCACAACGUGGUGGUUCUUCGUUACACAGUGGUUCUUCGGCCCGGCCAUCAUAGACCGGGGCUUCCGCUGGACCGGAGGAAAGUGCGAGCUUGUUGAGGAUAAGGUCGAGAAGGGUGAGGGAGAUACCAAGGAGUUCUUCACUGCAGUUGCUUGCAAGUCUUCUGGCGGCCGCUGGAGUGGCGGGCACGACAUAUCUGGGCACGUGUUCCUUUUGGUUCUCGGCACCGGCUUCCUGUUGUCCGAGGUUGGAUGGGUGGUCAUGCGCUGGAGAGGUUCAAGGAGAGAAGAACGCAGCGUCGUGAUGACGGAUGGUGCCACGAAGACGGCCACUGUCGAGGCCCAGGGCCUGAAAGGAGAGCCUGUACCUGGCGACGCUCUGGGCUUGGGCGGCAAGUUCGCUGCCGUCAUUAUCGGCUUGAGCUCUUGGAUGCUGCUCAUGACGGCCAUCUACUUCCACACUUGGUUCGAGAAGGUCACCGGUCUCAUUACGGCACUCGUCGCGCUGUAUGCCGUAUACAUCCUUCCUAGAUUCGUCCCUGCGAUACGACAAGCUGUUGGCUUGCCUGGUAUUUAG